ACUAGCUACUACUUCGAAUUUUGAUCGAUGAUCUAAAAGAUCGAAACAACCAAAGAUGGCAGGAAUAAACAGAAGCGUUUCAUUACCACCAUUGCCCCCGCGACCGGUAUCAACUAGGAUCUAUUCGAGUACUCCUCCUCCAAUUCCUCCCAGAAGAAUCGAUUAUGCAAACAGUGACAUUGUUAGGCAAAAAAGCUCGCCGGGAAGUAUAGUUAGACCCAAUAGUGUGCGGGAUUUGGUGAAACAGUUUCAAGUGUUUACACAUUCUGCCGAAGAACCUACAUCCAGUUAUUCGAAUUGCACCAGAAAAGCACCUUCAACUGAGGGUUUUGAACAUAUUUACGAAGAAAUCCCCAUCAGAUCCAGCACUUCUGGUUCAUACAGUGAAGAGGCUGACGGCUACUGGAGCGACUCUACAUUUGAUACCGAUUCUGAAGAGGAAACAGUUCCCAGUAUUCCACACAUAGUCCAAGAAAUAAAACCUUAUGUUGACCGUAACAAUAAACCUCCAGAAAAUGCAUCCGAUGAGCUACGACAGAAUGAACAAAAGUACAUCGACAACCUGCUGCAUGGUAUAUUGAAUUAUAUCCCCCUGCUAUACCAAUUGAAUCUCCCGGAAGGAUUGAGUGGUCAGCGGAACAAUUUGUUCGGAAACAUUGAAGAGAUCCACGAACUGCAUCAGGAUGAUUUCCUACCAGCACUGCAACGAUGCCAUCGAAAUGUGGACCAAAUAGCUGAAUGCAUUAUUCAUUUCAUAGACACUAAAAAAUUCUACUGCUACAUGAAAUACGCCAUGAAUCGACGGAAAGCCAACAUGAUUUUUGAAUUGCAUAGAGAUUUCUUUUCGUCCAUUCAACACGAUUUGAACAGCUUUCUGCUUCAACCAAUUCAGCGACUUCCACGGUACAAACUAUUUCUGGACAAGUUUCUCAAAGAAACUAUGGAUUUUGGUGAAAGCCAUUACACAGCUUCCCGAAUAUCCUCCAUCCACAAGGCUCAGGAAAGACUAAGUGAUUUAGUUGAUCUAUUGAAUGCAGCUGUGUCGAUAAGCGACAUUCCCCAAUGCGCCAACGAGUUUUUUGUAUCGUCCUCUUCAAGAUCCAUCUCAGGCUUCAAUCUCCAGAACGAUUUGCCUUCCACUUUGAUUUUGAAACCCAAAGGUAACAAAAUUCUUUCGAGGAAUAAUCCGAUCGAUCUAUUUUCCCAAGGAGAAUUUCAGCGCAUUCUAGAAACUGAAAUCCAUGAUGAGAGCCGAUAUCGGAGGUACAAAGCGCGAUUUUUUGUAUUUGAAAAAUUGAUCAUCUACACGGAGAUUGUCAAGGAUAGCUUGCAGUACCGUGGUCAUUAUUUUGACUCAGAAAUUAACUACUGGGAGGACUCCAAAAAACUACAUCUGUUCUGUAUUCACCGAGGGACGCAGGAGAUUCAGAUGCGAUUCAACAAAACCCUUGCUGACACCGUGAAAACAAUUCGCCAAAAAGCCAUCUCUCAAUUUUUUAAUGAACCUCAAUUGAUCGACUUCAAUGGAAGUGAUUUGAUGCCGAUUCACGAAACAGCUCUCCAUUACGAUUUAGACUUCAACAAAAAUAUCAGAGCAUUGAUUUCCUCUCAAAUACGGUUCGUUCAAAUUCUUAGAGCAAAUUCCGUUUUUUAUUUGUUCAAUCAUGUAGACGAUCAAGCAACUCAGUUAGAAACAUUUCGACAAGUGUUUCUCAAAAUGCUUCAUUUGCAUAACGACCGAAUUAUAAUGGAUUUGUCGUUGAACGGCUUAAACAUUGAGGCAAUUUGUACGAUGUUUCUGCAAUACGUAAAGACUGAUUUCCCUCCGAUUUACUGUGAAUAUCUCACGAAUAGCAACAGUGCAGCAAAAAACAUUCUUAACCGCCCUACGUCAGCAAAUUCGAGCAGCUUUCUAGUUCCCACAGUGGAUGACUUCAUUUUGCUCUGCAUUGAACGACUGGAAGAAUUUGCUCACUUUUUUGGAACAUUGACUGCAGACCUAUCGGACAAGAGUACACGUAACUUGCCAAUCGAUAAAUCCCUAUUCCAUCAGCUUGCCAUCGUACAGGUGGAAGUGGAGAAAUUUUCACAAAGCGUUAGUGAUAACCAUAAAUUGUUUUGCCUGGAUGAUGGUGUUAUUGGAUGCGGUUUGGUGGUGGAUAGUGAACGAGCUAAAGUGAAAUCAGACGUUCUGGAAGCAAGUAAUUGUAAGAUUUUUAUAUGCGAACGUGCAGCGAUUUGUGUGAGCUACAGUGUCGAGAAGAGAUGCUCCAAGCAUAUUGAGCACUUAGAUUGCAUAGUAUUUUUCGAUAGAUUUAGUGGUAGGGGUCAACCGAUGCGUUUGAGGAAAAGUAAGAAGAGUGAUGGGAAAGUUUGCUUCACCAUUGGAGGCACAAAAUACAAAGUUCGAUUCCAAAGCAGUCUGGUUAAGGAUAGAUUUUAUGCAAAAUAUGUCCAACAGUACGUUUUACUGAAAUAAUAAAUGAACGUGAGCUCAUAGCAAUUUAAUAAAAAUGUAUUGAAUCCAGUGUCUAUAGUUAGUAUAUCGUAGGGCCAAGAUGUCUCAAGAGUCAAGGUUUGAUGAUGCAGAUUUCAAAAUUUCUGAGGUGAGGCUUAGGAUUCACGUUUUAAAAUGCUUAAAACCCUGCCAAUUUGGCUUCCGGGCCCGCGUUUUGGUCGUAAUGUUUUGCUUUACGGUCUGGUUCAGUUUCUUAAUAGUCCGAUCACAGACAAACAGACGUAACUCUUUGAAAAAGUUUUUCUUGAAAACAUA